AAUUCAACAAAUAGUCUACCGCCGCCGCCGCAAACCUAACUCUUCGCCGCCGUGUUGUUCCCAACUCUGUCUAACUCUUCAGUUGAAUAAGGAUGGAAGGAGGAGGUGAAGGAAGUAGUAGCGCCGCCGCCGCAGCAGGAGUAGUUCCGAAAUCAGCGAUGGAUGCUGUGAAGCAAGCACUGGCCCACCUCGAGGAGCUCAAACCGCAGCUCGAGGAGAUGCUCUCUCUAGCUCAGCCAGAGGUUCUUGCCCAAAUGCAGCCGUUGAAGCGAGCUAAGGUUAUGUACAUGCUCGCCGAAGCCACCACAACAAUCUUCAAUCUGAGGUUGAGAUGUACAGGUGUUAAUCCUGACGAUCACCGUGUCAAAUCCGAAAUUGAGAGGCUUGACGUCUACAAAGAGAAGUUGCAGCGGUGUAUGGAUCGAAGCAAGGAACCAUUGCGUCCGACUACAGUCUUAAACCGUCAGGCAGCAACCCGUUUCAUCGAACACUCUCUGCCUGAUCUUUCAUCUGCUCAAAGGCAAAACAUUAGAGACCUCAGCAAAGGAGAGAAAUCAAGGAUGAGGUAUUCUGAAACAUCUGCAAAAAAGAGGAAAUACCAAUCAAAUGAGAAACAGUCUGUUCGAUCUGCUGCAAAGGAAUUUCUUGAAAAGGCAGCUCGUGAGCUUAAUGGUAACAAUGAAAAUGGUUUGAAGGACCCUCUAAUGGCGGCAGCUGAAGGUUCAGAUGAUGUUGAAAUGGGUACAGCCUGAUUUUCCAAAUAUAUAUCAUGCUGCUGAUCUUUUUGGAUUGUGUCUUCGGCAUUCGUCGUCCUCAUCACCAUCUUUUUUUCUGAGAGAAGUUUGUUUUCUCAACUCAUCUUAUCUUUGAUGGUGUCUUUUAAAAUUUAUGGACCUAUAUAAGUUAGGGGGUUGGUGUAUGUUGUAGAUUGCAUUUUGUUAGCAACUGAUCUCAUAAUCUCUUGGAAAUUCGUCUAAUAUAUUCGGGAAUACACCAUUGUCAAAAA